AUGGCGGAUGAAGAUAGGAACUAUCUGGCUCACACAGACACUGCUGGCUCUGAGGCUGAAUUUCCCAUCACCAGCGCCAGACGGGAACACGGUGGCAACUACACCUGUCGUUAUCAUGACAAAUCAGGAAUCUACUCGGAGGCCAGCGACCCUGUGCAGAUCAUUGUAGCAGAGCCCAGCUACCCCAAACCCAACAUCACCCUGAGCCCCAGUGGGGCGGUCUCCCUGCGGGGAGCCAUAAUUGUCCAGUGUCGGGGCCAGCGCCGGGGCAUGCGGUUUGUGCUGAACAAAGAGCGACGCCAUUUCCCAUUUGUGGAUUCGAAAGGGUUUGAGGCUGUGUUUACCAGCAGCAACGUGCGCCGGGAGGACGGCGGGAGCUACAGCUGCUUCUAUCACAGCAGAUCGGAGCCGUUCACCGUGUCAUACCCCAGCGACCCCGUGGAGCUGGUGGUGAGAGAUCCCAGCUUACCCAGCCCCUCCAUCUCUCUAAGCCCCACUGGGGUCACCGCCCUAGGGGCAGACGUCACCAUCCAGUGUCAGGGGCAGCGCCGGGAUGUGAGGUUCUUCCUGCACAAGGCUGGAGACCUGAACCUGCAGCGACACGUGGACCCUGCUGGGGACGUGGCCAAAUUCCGGAUCUGCAACGUGGACUGGCAGCAUGGAGGGAACUACAGCUGCAGCUACCGGCACCGAUCACAGCCCUUCGUCUCAUCAUACCCCAGCAGCUCUGUGGAGCUGGUGGUAGCAGGCGGAUCGAAAUCGCUGGCACCUCCGGGUCUGACCAGCCCCAUCAUCGCUGGGGUGAGCGCAGCGGCCACCGUCCUCCUCCUGCUCCUCCUCGUGGCCUUCAUCUGCUUCAGAAAAACCCGAGCCAACUCCUCUGUUGAUGAAGGAAAAGAGACACAGACCCUGGAGCCCGACCCUGACGGACUCACCUACGCGGAGCUGGACGGACGGGUGCUGCAGGCCAAGCGGGGGGGCCUGGCCCAUGUCCCUAAGCCCGCCCAGCCCAGCGUGUAUGCUGCGAUCAACAAACGUCUCAAGCUCAGUCUUGAAGCCAGUUAUGUCCUUUGGGAGACUGCUCCAGAACUUUGCUCCUCUGAUGAGCUCCCUGCGCCCGGACCCUCCAUCUCCGUCAGCCCCAGCGGGGUGAUCGCCCUGGGGGGAGCCGUCACCAUCUGUUGUCAGUGUCGGUGCGAGGCCAGGAGGUUAUUUCUGUAUAAAGGUGGAAUCAAAAUCUGGGGGCUGGAUGCUGAUGGGGACGGGGGUGAAUUCACCAUCCCCAGCACCAGAUGGGAAGACUCAGGGAGCUACAGCUGCCGAUCUCACUCUGGAUCAGAUCCACCCAACUGGUCGGAUCUCAGUGAUUACGUGCGGAUUGUUGUAGCAGAGCUCAGCUCCCCCAAACCCUCCAUCUUCCUGCGCCCCAGCGAGGGGAUCACCCUGGGGGGAGCUGUGACUGUCCAGUGUCAGGGUCGGCACCAGAACAUGAGGUUCCUUCUGUACAAAGUUGGAAACCAGAAUCUGCUGCAGGACGCGGAGCCGGCUGGGGACGUGGCUGAGUUUCCCAUUCGCAACGUGAGCCGGAGACAUGGAGGGAACUACCACUGCUCUUAUCGCUCCAAAUCAGACCGGCCUGUCCAGUCUGAGCCCAGCGACCCCGUGGAGCUGGUGGUGAGUGGGAGAAAUGGAACAAUUCAUCCCUCAGAGAACAGGGCUCCCGGCUCAAAUGCUGCAAUGAUGCUGGCUUUG